UCUGACGCUGGUAACCUCCAGUCUGACGCUGGUAACGUCCAGUCUGACGCUGGUAACUUCCAGCCUGACGCUGGUAACCUCCAGUCUGACGCUGGUAACCUCCAGUCUGACGCUGGUAACCUCCAGUCUGACGCUGGUAACCUCCAGCCUGUCGCUGGUAACCUCCAGCCUGACGCUGGUAACUUCCAGCCUGACGCUGGUAACCUCCAGUCUGACGCUGGUAACCUCCAGUCUGACGCUGGUAACCUCCAGUCUGACGCUGGUAACCUCCAGCCUGACGCUGGUAACUUCCAGCCUGACGCUGGUAACCUCCAGUCUGACGCUGGGAACCUCCAGUCUGACGCUGGUAACCUCCAGUCUGACGCUGGUAACCUCCAGUCUGACGCUGGUAACCUCCAGUCUGACGCUGGUAACCUCCAGUCUGACGCUGGUAACCUAAAGUCGGUGUAA